GGAGCCGCCGGUCCUAGCCUGGAACCAACCACCUCAUCCGUCUGCGUGUGCGCGCUGACUCCCCCCUCUCCCAAAACCCCCACACUCCCCCUUCGGCAUCUCCGAUAUCCGUUCAGCAAUGACCAUGAACGCUGCGAUCGCCUCCCGACUCGGCCUCGCCGUCUCCAGGUGUGGGGCUGGGUCCCGAGUGGACAGCCGGCCGCUGACGCCGGCAGUGGGUUUCACGGCGGGGCCGAGGGCGCGCUCAGUAGCCGUCACCGCCGCCUCCUCUUCUCCGGCGACCGGUGGCGUGACGCCGGUGCCACCCCGCUCGAAUCGCUCGAUAUAAAAGGAGGGAUGGAGGAACUCCCUGAAGAACAAGAUACAACAGAUCCACCACAUACAUGACGUAAGGGUUAUGAAGCGUCACACGCUAUCAGUUUUUGUUGGUGAUGAAAGUGGGAUGAUCAAUCGAAUUGCUGGGGUUUUUGCUAGAAGAGGAUAUAACAUCGAGUCAUUGGCUGUUGGGUUGAACAAGGAUAAAGCAUUAUUUACAAUAGUAGUGUCAGGAACAGACAAAAUAUUAAACCAGGUCGUAGAGCAACUAAACAAGCUUGUUAAUGUCAUAAAGGUUGAUGAUUUAUCAAUGGAACCACAAGUUGAAAGAGAACUUAUGCUUAUAAAAGUAAAUGCAGAGCGAGAAAAGUUACCUGAGAUAAUGGGUUUGGUUCGCAUUUUCAAAGCAGAAGUGGUUGAUCUUUCAGACUACACACUAACUAUUGAGGUAACUGGAGAUCCUGGAAAGAUGGUUGCAAUACAGAAGACUCUGAGCAAAUAUGGGAUCAGAGAAAUUGCUAGAACUGGCAAGAUAGCUUUGCGCCGUGAAAAAAUGGGAGAAACUGCUCCAUUUUGGAGGUUCUCUGCAGCUUCUUAUCCGGAUCUCGAAGUGGCAAUACCUUCAAAUUUCCAGCAAAACACUGGUGUGAAGGCAAUCAAUCAGAAUCCGGAAGAAUCUUCAGGGGGUGAUGUUUAUCCAGUGGAAUCUUAUGAAAGCUUCUCAUCAACAAGUCAAAUUCUGGAUGCUCAUUGGGGUGUUAUGACUGAUGGCGAUCCAACAGGGUUUUGUUCACAUACUCUAUCAAUUCUUGUGAAUGAUGUCCCUGGAGUUCUCAAUCUUGUAACAGGUGUAUUCUCCAGAAGGGGCUACAAUAUUCAGAGUCUUGCUGUUGGCCCAGCUGAAAAAGAAGGAACUUCUCGCAUCACUACUGUUGUUCCUGGAACUGAUGAAUCCAUUGCCAAGCUAGUACAUCAACUGUACAAGCUCAUUGAUGUUUAUGAAGUUCAGGAUUUUACCCACUUACCAUUUGCUGCUAGAGAGUUAAUGAUCAUAAAGGUCGCGGCAAAUGCUACAGCUCGAAGGGAUGUCUUAGAUAUUGCUCAGAUUUUUGAGGCACAGAAAGUUGACAUAUCAGACCACACAAUUACACUACUGCUCACCGGAGACAUUGACAGAAUGGUUAGAUUGCAAAAGAUGCUAGAGCAGUAUGGCAUCUGUGAGGUUGCACGGACAGGCCGGAUUGCUCUGCUCCGAGAGUCUGGAGUUGACUCCAAGUACCUCCGCGGGUUUUCCCUCCCGCUGUAAUUCUCCAUUUCCAGACAUUACACUGCGCGAUUUCAGGUCGCCACGGUCAUUUUGACUUCUGAGAAUGGAGCUGGAGGAAUCAUUCAAAAAUCCAAGGGUGAGAACUGUAGAAAUAAUAGCUGUUAAGUUUCUUGCUUCUGCAAGUAUCACGCAGCACAUGGGGAGAGAUGAAGUAUCAUACACAACAAUAUGUCUGCAGUCAGAAACGAUCGAUGAGGGGUCCAAUAUUUUUUUCACUACACAUGUUGUAUACGUACACUGGUAGUAUCCUAGUUGAAGGAAACGCAAUAUAUAUAUAUUCACUACACAUGUUGCUCAACCAAUGAUCUGUUUGGUUCGGGAUUUUUGGUCCGUGAUCAAUUCGCAACGUGAACAGA